AUGUGUGCACAGUUGGCUCUGCCCCCCUACCAGGCUUACCCCAGCAGGACCGGCAUGGGGUACCUGGAGCUUUACUGGAACUCGGUGGAGGAGGCAGAACAUGCCCCUGCUUCGGCUGGGCCAGCAGAAGCCAGUCAGUCUCCAGAGGCAGGAGGGAAAAGGCAGACAGCAGAAGUAUCCCCUGCUUCAUCUAGUUCUGGGAAUUUCAGCCAAUUCACACCAGAUUCAGCCACCAGUCCACAUUCGGCAUCCUUGUCCCCACAGUGUGCAGAUAAGUCUCAGAAGGACAGAGAAGAUGUCACAGAGGGGCUGAGGAAGGCCAAGAGCCGCACGGCUUUCUCCAAGGAGCAGCUGCAAACCCUGCACCAGCGAUUCCAGAGCCAGAAGUACCUCAGCCCCCAGCAGAUCCGGGAGCUGGCUGCUGCCCUGGGGCUCACCUACAAGCAGGUGAAGACUUGGUUCCAGAACCGGAGGAUGAAGCUGAAAAGGUGCCAGAAGCAUAGCCUGUGGAGUGAACGGGCUCAGUGCCUCACGCAAAGUGGCUUCCAGCCAAGUACUUACCUGGAUGUGCACCCCAAAUUCCACAAGGGCUACCCGAUCACUGCAGCCAGCAGCAUCCCAACUGUGCCUCCCCCCCAUCAGCACUAUGGAGUAGGGCAGAACACUUACACAAUUGUGACCAGCGAGGAUGGAGGAGUCUUUGGUAAAGGCGGGGGCACCUGCAGUGUCCAGCAGACAGUGGGCUUCAUUGCACAGCACAAAGUAGACUUUUACCACAGCUGUCCUGGCAGUGUGGAAUAUCCAGGCACAAAGACAGGUGACAGCUGCAACUUUCACCACUCGGCCACCAUGGGGGCUACUUUCCCAGCCACUGCUGGCCACCAUCUCUAUCACUCCUAA